GGUUAAUUGAUUUCAUUGGUUAGCAAUAUUGAAACCAAACCAAACCACCUAAACCAAAUAAGCUAAAUUGUUUAACCAAAUCAAACCAAUUAACCGAAUGCUACUGAUUAAUAUGAUUACUGCGAUAACCAAUCCAUUUCAACACUCCUGCCCACAGGCCACAGCCAGCCGUCAAAACAGUUUGGUUCCUUUUGAAAUUCAGCAUAAACCCUAGCAUGCCGGCGCGUCCCACCGGUCCCCUUUUUCUUUUGUCGGCGAUGGUUUCUGACACAAUCUCCGUUGCGGACCCACCGCUUUCCCUUCUCCCUUACCCAAUUACUACGACGACUACUCCUACAACUCAACAAUUCCUUCUCCCGGCAGCCGCCGCCUCCGCCCCUCCGGCUACCCACCACCACCACCAGCAGAUCCUAUCUCCCGCCAAGAAGUCCCGCUCCCGCGACCGCCACAAGAAGGUUAACGGCCGGGGCACCCGGGUCCGGCUCCCCGCCGUCUGCGCCGCCCGAAUCUUCCAAUUGACCCGGGAGCUCGGCCACCGAACAGAUGGCCAGACCGUCGAGUGGCUCCUUAAUCACGUCCCUCAUUCCCACUUCCCCACUCCUUCCUCCGCCUCUCAUCAAAGCUCCGGCGGCGGAGGGGAUGCGGACGGGUCGUCGUCUUCUGCUGCUGGGGAGAAGAUAAGACCCAGGAAAAAGCGAGGUGUUCCUUGUUUGAAUGAUCCAGCGAGUUGUGAUGCUGAUUUCGGCUCUGCUGCUUCCCCUUCCCCUCUGCCAAAUUGCCUGCCGUUGUCGACAGUUGUGCCAGAAUCCAGCUCCAGGAUUAUGCCCCCGGUUGCCUCUGCAGCUGCCGUAGUUCCUCUGCCGCAGCCGCCGAUGAAGAAGGAAGGGCCCCGGCCGUGUGAGUUUGAGCUGUUUCCGGCGAAUUUAUCCUUUACUUCGUUGCUAAUGCAGUGGGAAAAGGACUAGCUAGCUAGCUAGCGUGUCAUUAGUGUACAUGUUGCCCCUGUUUUGCCUAGCACCUGUUCGAUGUUUUGUCAGUCAGAACUCAGAACCGAAGGCUUUGUAACCUAGUCAUUCUUGUUGCUGUGCGAAUCCGACGAAUGAACCGAUUAAGAUAUGCAAGAUAUUCUUACUUCUUGUUGUCCACCAUGGUGGGCAACCAUGAGCUGUAAUUUCUCUGUAACCUGACCAAGCUCCGAUCUUUUUCAUUGGGGAAUGUAUAAGUGACCCGUUUUUGGUAAUGCUGAGCAAGGAAUCCAGGAUCCCUCAUCCGAAAUCAAGCCGCAAAAUCUUG